UCAUCAAUUGCUUGUCUCUUCUUCCAAAGUCCCCACUUUCCACCCCAAUUCCUUUUUUUAAGUCCCAUUUGCAUUCAUUAUUGUCAAUUGCAAUUGCAACCACAAUUGAAAUAGAUAGUGAAAGAGACCCCCAAGUACAGAGAGUGAGAGAAGGAGGAGAAGAUGCAAGAUUGGGGGCCAGUUUUUGUGUCAGUGGUGCUCUUCAUUCUCCUAACUCCUGGGCUACUGGUCCAGAUACCUGGGAGAAACAGGAUUGUAGAGUUUGGCAACUUCCAAACUAGUGGACUAUCAAUACUGGUCCACUCUGUCCUCUACUUUGGUCUCAUAUGCAUCUUCUUGUUAGCUAUUAGGAUUCACAUUCUUAAUUUUUUCUCAAGUGAAAUGGCAGAUUGGGCACCAGUGAUAAUCGGCGUUGUGUUGUUCGUGCUGCUCCAACCAGGGUUGCUGUUUUCCUUUCCGGGAAACGGUAAGCAGUUAGAGUUCGGUGGCAUGAAGACCAACGGAAAAGCUAUAUUCAUUCACACACUCAUCUUCUUCGCUCUCUAUGCCAUACUCAUCUUGGCCGUUCACGUUCACAUCUACACCGGCUGAACCGGUUGCCCAGAUCUGGGUUUUUUUUUCUUUUCCUUUUGUCGGUCCAAGGUAUUUUUACUAUGAGAUGAAACCCACCAUUGUUGUAACUGGCUGUCCUUUUGUUCUUGUUGUUGUUAGGAGUCAAUGAUUUUUCUUUUUGGUAAUGAAAAAUACAUAGAUCUUACAAUUUUUGGGUGCUGUUGUUUAACUAUUGAAUAAUUCAAGUAUAAUGAACUCACUUUCAUGAUAGUACUUUUUGGAUCUAAUAGCUGGAUUUUAUUUUUUUUUAGUAAUAAUAUAGCUGGAUUUUAUAGUAUGUGAGUCUCACUUGCGUUUGGGGAAUCUCAUGUAUAUGUGCGAUAAAUUGGUCAUCUAAAGAAAUAUU